AUGCAGGCAAACCACUUUCAGAAAAUAGAGGAGUUAGGGCGCAUAUCAAGUAGACUCUUGUCUAUCGGGAAGAUCAAACACAUCAUCAUCAUCAACGACAGCAUGACAUCAGUGUUCAACACCAAUGCUUUACUGCCGUACAACCAUGACUUAUUUGAAAGCGUUAUUGUAAAGAAAAGAAUAAAGCUGUAUCAUGCUUUCGGUGCCUGGCUGCCAAGCCAACAGAAGGAGGCAUCAAGGCUUGGAUACUGGCGGGUUGCCGAAGCCUUGACAAGGGCAGUGGAGACGUUGAGGUUGGGUUCGAACCACGGACCUUCCGGUCCGCUUUCAAAUAAGUCAUGGUUGUACGGCAGUGAAGCAUCGGUGUUGAGCACUGAUGUCAGGCUGUCGUUGAUGAUGAUGAUGAUGCUUGCUGACCGAAUCUUUUGUUGUGCAAUACAUUGA